AUGCUCCCCAGCUCAUAAUAAUGGACACUUGUGUAGUCAUGCCAAUGGAUGUAGAUCAGAGCAACUACUGCGAGUGCUCUCUAGAUUUAUCUAGCUAUUGCAUCUGCCAGCUCGAAGGGCUGAGUUCUUACUGUGGUUGCAGUCGAGACAAGCCACUUGAAAAGGUGGAACCUUCUCAAAGUUUAAUGAUCACAAAGCCAGAAACAACAAUUCAAGACAAAUUUAUCAGGAAAAGAACGGCUUAUCUUCGAGCCAAACUUGAGAGGCUUUAUAGAUACCUUGACCAAAUUGCUGACGAUGCCAAGGUACUAGUGUAUGGGAAACAAAAAGUAAAUCCAAGAUCUCGCAAAGCUAGCUCAAGAAGAUCCCGAUACAUCGGGGUGUUUAAAAACGGGGCCAAGUGGCAAGCUCUGAUCAAUAUCCACGCGAAAAAGACUUAUAUCGAAACAUACCUGACUGAAGAGCCUGCUGCCAGAACCUUCGACUUAAUGUCGUUGAUCUUAAACUCAGAGAAAGCUGUGACCAACUACGACUACUCGAAGACAGAUAUCCUUGAGUUGAUAGCUUCUCACUUGUGCAUGGAAUGCCCUGAGGCCAUAGUCAAUAAGUUUUGCUUAUAAGCUGCAUUUCAAUUAUAGAUUUUAUUUAAG